AGUUGAAGCCAUGCAAUACCGGCCUUAACAUCGCGCUAUGCAAGCGACACCAAAAUUAGAUAGGUUAUGAGUAUAACCGUAAUACUCGUUAAUAUUGUAUAUAUAAUAAUAUUUAAUAACAUAUUAACGUAAUUUUAAGCAUUAUGUCGGACUCGGAAUUAGGCCUACACACAGGUCGAAGUUAUGAGGAAAUAUUAAAACAGCGACAAGAUGACGAGGGAUAUAAAACAGCAACCACAAACGAGCAAGCUCGUGUCGAGGAGACAGUGCUAAAGUUUUACCGAUCAUGCAAAGACACGGAUCCUAUUUUACUUAGGCCAAAGCACGUCCAGUUUUUAAAGAAAGCAGUCACUCAUUUAAGCGAAACUUAUGAGUGCUUAGACUCCAGCAGACCAUGGCUUUGUUUUUGGAUAUUGCAUUCACUUGCGAUAUUAGGAGAACGCUUGGAGAACGAGGAAUAUUCCAAGAUAGCAGGCUUCCUAGCCAAAUGUCAGUCGCCGACAGGCGGUUUCGGAGGAGGUCCAGGACAAUAUCCACAUUUAGCUUCUACGUACGCAGCAGUGAACGCGUUAUGCACUAUCGGUACACAGGAGGCAUACGAUGUGAUAGAUAGGAAGAACCUGAAACGCUUUCUAUCUUCCUUACGCGGAGAGGAUGGUUCUUUCUGUAUGCACGAAAAUGGCGAGGUAGACAUACGGGGAGCGUACUGCGCCCUCGCCGCUGCUAAACUGACGAAUGUAUAUACACCAGACAUGUUUAAGGACACCGCCGAAUGGAUAGCCAAAUGUCAGACGUGGGAAGGUGGUUUUGGCGGUUGUCCAGGAAUGGAGGCUCACGGCGGAUACGCUUAUUGCGCUCUGGCAGCACUCGUAAUGCUCGGGAAAACAGAGCUGUGCCAUUUACCAGAACUGUUGAGAUGGAUAGUAAAUAAACAAAUGCGUCUGGAGGGUGGUUUCCAAGGACGUACGAACAAAUUGGUGGACGGUUGCUAUUCGUUCUGGCAAGGUGGGACGUUCCCAUUAAUCUCUGCUAUCUUGUCAACGGAAAAGACGUUUAAUGCUUCCGACCACUGGUUGUUCAACCAAGAGGCCUUACAAGAGUAUAUAUUAACUUGCUGUCAAAACCCACAUGGCGGUCUUUUAGACAAGCCUGGAAAAAAUCGCGACAUAUAUCACACAUGUUAUGUUCUUAGUGGAUUAUCAGUCGCGCAAAACUCACCGAUAAAAUCGAUUGUCGGAAUGAGAUAUGCGAAUAAGGUGGAGGUAAUCCAUCCUGUUUAAAA